GGUGGCUCCCUCUGGCCAUAAAUGAAUCGGCGUCUCCUUUCAAGGGUCCCGCAGGCCUCUAGCACGCUAACAACGCGCGGUCCGGGUCAGGCAAUCCGGCAAACCCAAAUUACCAGGCCGAGCUGAGGAGGGCCUGGAGAACAGUAACCGAGGUAAAAAGAAAUGGGGUCCCUCCAAUUCGUUCUAACCGCGCCUAAAGCCACUCUUAUUCCUGGCUCCCAUUCCCAAAGGAUCGGAUUCGCCACCAUCUGGGUACAUCUCCAGGCUUGCUACCUGCAGAUACCUUGGAGGCUCUCUGCUCUCCUCAUUCUCCCCCACACCCCCUUCCCAAGGCACCCCAACUUUCUCCAGCUCUCUCACCUGAACCCCCGAAGCGCAGUUUCUUCUUUCUGGACUAAAGCCGAACCCGUCGCCAGUGGAAAGGCCUCCCACCCCCACCCAGCCUAGGCUGCAAACCACUUGCUUUACAAGUCCAAAGGUCACCUAAAGUUUGGCUGAUAAACAGAAUCGGUGAAGAAGAUUUGGAGCCCCCCAGCGUGAGUACAAUGGGCUCUGGCAAGUCCCAAUCCCGGCCCAAGUCUCUGGCUCCGUUGGACUGUCCCUUAGGCUCUCCCACUUUCUCGGUUUUUCCCCCUCCCCACCACCAUUUGCAUCUUGCCGAAAGUCGAGCCCUUCCCACUCAUUUGCAUAUCUUAUAUGGCCUAAUGGUGGCGAUCAUGGCAAGUUAGAAGUUUUCUGACUCCUCUCGGAGGAGUCUCCGGGACCCCAGAGAAUAACAGGUGUCUGAAAGCUAAAGGGUGGAGGGGUUCCAGGACUUGGGGUUCUCUUGUAAAACUCCCCUCCACCCUCCUCUCUCACAUCCACCCAUCCCCUCAACCCCUUCUUUUUCUGUCCUUGGAAAAUGGUGUCCAAGCUCACGUCGCUCCAGCAAGAACUCCUGAGUGCCCUGCUGAGCUCCGGAGUCACCAAGGAAGUGCUGAUCCAGGCCUUGGAGGAGUUACUGCCGUCCCCGAAUUUCGGGGUGAAGCUGGAGACACUGCCCCUGUCCCCCGGGAGCGGGACGGAUCUCGACACCAAGCCGGUUUUCCAUACCCUCACCAAUGGCCACGCCAAGGGCCGCUUGUCUGGGGACGAGGGCUCAGAGGACGGCGACGACUAUGACACUCCUCCCAUCCUCAAAGAGCUCCAGGCGCUCAACACCGAGGAGGCCGCGGAGCAGCGGGCCGAGGUGGACCGGAUGCUCAGCGAGGACCCGUGGAGGGCUGCCAAAAUGAUCAAGGGAUACAUGCAACAGCACAACAUCCCCCAGAGGGAGGUAGUUGAUGUCACAGGCCUGAACCAAUCCCACCUCUCUCAACACCUCAACAAGGGCACCCCUAUGAAGACCCAGAAGCGAGCUGCCCUGUACACCUGGUACGUCAGAAAGCAACGGGAGAUCCUCCGACAGUUCAACCAGACAGUCCAGAGCUCUGGAAACAUGACAGACAAAAGCAGUCAGGAUCAGCUGCUGUUUCUCUUUCCAGAGUUCAGUCAACAGAACCAGGGGCCUGGGCAGUCAGAGGACGCCUGCUCUGAGCCCACCAACAAGAAGAUGCGCCGCAACCGGUUCAAAUGGGGGCCCGCAUCCCAGCAAAUUUUGUACCAGGCCUACGACCGGCAAAAGAAUCCCAGCAAGGAAGAGAGGGAGGCCUUAGUGGAGGAGUGUAACAGGGCAGAAUGUUUGCAACGAGGGGUCUCCCCCUCCAAAGCCCACGGCCUAGGCUCCAACUUGGUCACGGAGGUCCGUGUCUACAACUGGUUUGCAAACCGCCGGAAGGAAGAGGCAUUCAGGCAGAAGCUGGCCAUGGAUGCCUAUAGCUCCAACCAGACACACAACCUGAACCCCCUGCUCACCCAUGGCUCCCCUCACCACCAGCCAAGUUCUUCUCCACCCAACAAGCUGUCAGGAGUGCGCUAUAGCCAGCCGGGAAACAAUGAGGUCACUUCCUCUUCGACAAUCAGUCACCAUGGUAACAGUGCCAUGGUGACCAGCCAGUCGGUGUUACAGCAAGUUUCUCCGGCCAGCCUGGACCCGGGCCACAGUCUCCUCUCACCUGACAGUAAAAUGGAGCUUGCCAGGGAGCAGCUAGAGUAUGGAGACAAAAAGACCCAGGCUAGGUUUGCUUCCACAGGCCUCAACACCUCCCAAGCCCAGGGUGUCCCAGUCAUCAAUAGUGUGGCUAGCAGCCUGGCAGCCCUACAGCCCGUCCAGUUCUCUCAACAGCUGCACAGCCCUCACCAGCAGCCCCUCAUGCAGCAGAGCCCCGGAAGUCACAUGGCCCAGCAGCCCUUCAUGGCUGCGGUGACUCAGCUACAGAACUCCCACAUGUAUGCACAUAAGCAGGAACCCCCUCAGUAUUCCCACACCUCCCGGUUCCCGUCUGCGAUGGUGGUCACAGAUACCAGUAGCAUCAACACCCUCACCAGCAUGUCUUCCAGUAAACAGUGUCCACUGCAAGCCUGGUGAUACCCACAUAACCACUCUGUGCAUAGCAACGAGGACCCCAUUUUCCACACCAUCAGUCUCUGGGCGUCCAUCAUAGAGAAGUCCAGCGACCUGACAGGCACCUGGGAACCCAGGAGAGAAAGAGGUCCCUGCUCACCUGACAUCCUGCUGGGCACCACGGACAAGCCACUCUCAAGAGCUGUAGCCUGAAGCCCAGCUUCCCUUCUUUGCAGUAUUGUCAUGAAGCAUCUCCUAGGAUGCCAAGCGCUCUUGUUUCUCCCAGAGGUGGCCGGUGUAAAAUGGUGCAACAGGAAGCGAGAAACCCAUGGAGUCUCCCCUGCAACCCUUCAUCGAACAAACUGAUGCAAAAACUUGAAUCUGUUACUGAAAUAAGAUGAGGACCGAGGAGGAUGUGUGCUAAUGAACUGAGCCAGACACUGUAAAUACUGACAGACCCCCCCUCCCCCAUCCCAGAUGAUCUCAAGAUUUCUUCUAAAGAAGUAAAUUUGUCCAAUGGGUGUAAACUAUAAACGACUGUAAUUAAGUGCAAUUUUCCUUCCACGUAUCUACCCCUGCCCUGUAUAUAAUACUAAAGUGUCUAUCACUUUUCUUUGUAAAGGUCAGAGUUGAAAUUCCAAGAGUGACUUGCUCCCUUCCCCUUCCCCACUGAAAACUACCCAGAGUGGGAAAUGAAUUUCUUCACCAGCACCCCUCUGGCCACAGGGAUGGCAUACUUUGGACAGACUGCCAGCUAACACCCCCCACCCCCAUGUUAAGACACACCUCUGGAUCCCUAGGGGUGAGACAUAGUGGCAGCAAGAUGCCCUAGCAUCCUGUGGGCCUGGGCGGGGACACUGACUGGCUGACAGCCAUCUCAGGAAGCCUCUCAUUAAAGCAAUUUAUUUUGUCACUGC